GUUUUCCGACCUACUAAACUAAAUCAGAUAUCGUUAGAUUUGCCAGCAGACCAUUUCAAUAUGUUGGAAAGUGAUAAUAUAGAGUUAGUUGAUAAAAAAGAUGUAAUAAAUGAAAAAAUUAAAAUUAUUGAAAAUAGUGAUGAAGCAAAGAAAGAACGGACGAUCAAAAACCUUCGAAUAACGCCUUCAUCACCUUCAGAACAACGUGACGAGCUGUCACAGUUCAUAGCACGUAAAGAACGUAAAAUCUCGGAGCUCCGCGAAGAAUUGAAACGUCAUGAAGAAGAAUUACUAUUAUUAAAAAAACAAUGGCAAACAGUUGUCUCCAAGGACAUAGAUUCUGAAAAUACUUCAUCCUCAGUAUUUUCGUUUCAGUCGAACACUUCUAAUAAUGAAGUUUCCACGUUCAUGAAUGGAUUAGGGAAAGGGAUUCAUAGUGUUAUUGGUGGUAUACAUAAUUUGAAGGAAAGCGAAGCAACACGUGAAAAGUUAUCGCAGAUUAAAACAGCCGUAUCGGAGGUUGCAAAUAUUCGGUCAAUUCAACAAACUCGACAAAAAACCGCAGAUCUUACUUCUCAAGCAUGGUCCAAUAUAAGCAAAGGAAUCUCUUCCCUAGUUGAUUACGAAGCCAUUAAAACUGCUCGCAAGAAAUCCUAUAAAUCAGUUCCAACAACUGAAACAUCGGAAAUCCCAAAUAUCAAUACUGCAAUAUCACCUACAACAUCUCCACCUACAACGUCCCCGACUUCAUCGAUAUCAAAAGAUCUUAUUUGGUCAGCUUUAAACUCCGAGUCUAAUAGUGAACAUAAACUACCAACUGAUAAAGACGACUUCAUCAAAGAAAAAAAUCUUGAUAAUGAGAAUAUUGAUGGUGUACUAGCGGGUUCACCAAAAGAUGAAUUUGAAGAAACAUUGGUUUACGUUAUCGGUGAUGACUUGG